CACGCGACUGCCGAGCUCGCCGUCACAACGUGAGGGAAGGGGGGGGAGCCCUCAUGAGGCGGGGGAAGGAGCGGACUCGCUGCUUUCCUCGGCGGCGCCGUAACGGCUGAUCGUUACGCCGCGUGUCCCUUUCUCCUCCAUGCCCGAGAGCCGUAGCCGCCACAGCUGUUGGCCCCGCCAUCUCCUUUCUUCCGCUUGCCGCCGACGCCGAGGAGGGACCGUGGUAACCGAUUCCGGCGCUACGUCGGUGGGUGGGUGAGCGAACGCCCCCCCGGCCGCCCUCUCUCUCAGCAUGCCAUGGGCAACAGCUGGGCGGCGCAGUGGUGUUGCUGGGUCUUCCCGAGACGGGAAGCGGGACGCCUCCAACGAGGAGGAGGAUCAAAGUACUUCAGGACAUGUUCAACAGGAGAACAUUUCACUAUAGAGUUUGAAAACCUAGUGGAAAGUGAUGAAGGUGAAAGUCCAGGAAGCAACCAAAGACCUCUGACAGAAGAAGAAAUUUCUGCUCUUCAAGAAAGACAGUAUAAUUCCAUUGCUGAUAAACAGAGAACUUUAGAUGACAAGCUUCAAUCAGAGUUAGCCAUACAAGAGGAGAAGUUAAGAAUAGAAGAGGAGACUUUAUAUGCUGUGCAGCGUGAAAAAGCCAGGGCAGCAAAACAAAGAAAGUUCUUGGAGCAACAAAAGUUGCAGAGAACAACUCAGAAAGCAAACCAUGGAGAUGCCCAAAGUUCUAUGGUAGAAGAAGACUUGGAUUCUUAUUUGAGAAAUGUAAAACUGCCAUAUGAAGCUUUCCGCACAAGUAGACUUACAUCAGAUGCCACUGUUCUAACACCAAAUACAGAGAGCAGUUGCGAUUUAAUGACCAAAACCAAAUCUACAAGUGGAAAUGAUGACAGUAAUUCCUUAGAUUUAGAAUGGGAAGAUGAAGAAGGUAUAAACAGAAUGAUCCCUUUGAGAGAACGUUCAAAAACUGAAGAAGAUAUUCUCCGGGCAGCAUUGAAAUUUAAUGGCAAGAAAACUGGAAGUAACCCAACUUCUACAUCUGAUGAUUCUACUGGUUUGGAAUGGGAGAAUGACUUCGUUAGUGCAGAAAUGGAUGAUAACGGCAACUCGGAGUAUGCUGGAUUUGUAAAUCCCGUUUUAGAACUUUCUGCAACAGACCAAAAAACUUCUGGUGUUGAUCAACAAGUGAGAUAAUGAAAUUGGCCAUUGGUACCUAGCAGAAUGAUUGAAGUUGGAAAACCUACAAACCUGUAUUGUGCACAAUCUUGUAAUCAUUGCUGCUGCUGCUGCAAAGCCUACUUUUACAAUAAGGAAAUGAUACAGUGACUGCUCUUGGUGACUGAGCUCCAGAGUUCUAUACAAAAGAAGGAAUCUACGCUACCUUAUGUCCAUUAAACAAUAUGGUUUGCUAACAAUGUGGUUUGCUAUCUGAACUGAAUUGUAAGUGCAAUUUUUAUAAUCUACCUUUUAAAUGUUUAUACUUGAAUGAUUCUAUUAUGUAUGUUUUUAGGUUUAAGCAUACAGCACCCUCCAUUAAAUAUAGCGUUACAGCUUAAUGUUUUAAUCAGUUGUCCUAUUUCAGUAUUUGGGUUUUUUUUCCCCUUUAAAUAUAGUGGUACCUCGGUACUUAUUAUGAAUUGAUUCUGGGAGGUUUGUUGAAUACCAAAAAUGUGAGUACCAAAUUGAUUUUUCCCAUAAGGAAUAAUAUAGUGAGUCACAAGGCAGCCAACACAGACAAGUUCUAGCUUGUGCAUUGAGUACCAAAUGAUGAGUACCAGGACAAAAUUUUCACAUCAAAAUGCAUUGAGUACCAAAUUUGAUAAGCUUCAAAGCAAACGAGUACCAAAGUACUGCUAUACCUUCAUUAGCAUAAUUUUAGCAGGAAAUCUGAUCAGCACCUUUGUACUUGAAGCAUGAAACUAGGAAUAGGAAUUCUGCUAUGGCUUCCCAAGAAACAUAGGAUGCUGCCUUACAUUGAGUCAGUCUAUUGAUCCAUAUAGCCCAAUGUUCCAAGCAUUGGCAUUACUUUCCCAGUUUUCUGGUGUUUCAAGCAAUUCCCAGAUUUAUCUGGAAAUGUUGAGGACUGGACAUGGUGAAAGCAAGCUUCAUGUUCUGCUAUCAGCUGAAGCAUCCCUAACAGUUACUUUUUUUCAGUUCAAUUUGUUUUGAAAAUUAAAUAAACUUUGGAAUAUAUUUUUUUCUUUAUUCCUUCUGAUGUUUUACUGAGAUUAAAUUCAAGCACAAUGUCUUACAUUUGAAAGCAUUUUAUUUAUAAAGCUAAAGCAUUAUAAAUAAAAUUUAUCAUGGCAGUAAUGACCCAUGUAGCUGCAGAAAUUUGGAAGUAUUGAAGACAUCGUUCUUUCUUUUAAAACAUUGGAUACCAAAAUGCAGAGGUUUGCAUUUUUAAGGUUCCACUGUUCUUCCAAAUCAAAAUACUUAAUUUUUAAAUUGUGUAAAAUUAAUAUUGCCUAAUAAUUGGUAAUUUAGUGCUCUUCUGAUUUGUAAAAUAUAGAUAGCAUCGAUACUAUCUGUGGCUGAAUCAAUGCAAAUGUACAUUCCAAUCAAAGUAUCUUUCUGAAGUAUGUGAAACAUUCCAUUGUUGUCAUUUAAUUAAAUUCAGUUUAUCAGAUUUAACGAUAGAGUGAUGACACCAUUAUUCAAGAAUGUUACUAUUAUCAGUAUGGUUUAAUCCUCCCCAAAAUCCUUACUUAAUUGGUUCUAACCAUUGAGACUAGAAAACUUCUCAUAAAGCAGUUUUUCUGAUGAGACAAAAGCUGCUUUGGAAUGAUGGUUACAUUUGUAUGAUAAAGCAGACAUGUCUCUGUCACAAGUAUUUGAUUCAUAACCAUUUUCAGAGUGUAGCAAUACAGUACUGUAAAUCAGGGAGCAGAAGUAUUUACUUCCACACCUCCUUGAGUUGUUGAACUUCAUUUUGUCCUACUAGUCAUGCUCUAAGCUUCCUAACAAGAGUUUUCUUGCAAUGCAUUAACAAUGAAAUACCAUAGACACGCAUAGACAACAUGAUGGCUUCUAGCAGCUGCUGCUACAGUAGAAAGGAAAACCAGAACUGCAAUAUUGAAAAUUAUUUGUUUUUAAAAGUUUGUUUUCUUCAAGUCAAGCUUGACCAAAAAAACCCCACAAAAAUCUUGAUGGAUAUGAAAAAAACCAAGAGUUACUUUCUCCCACCCACCCACUUUUUUUUGCAACCCUACAGAACAGUGAUGGCUAAUCUUUUUGCCAUCGCAUGCAAGAAACGGCGGGGGGGGGGAGGGCGCACAUGCAUGACCACAGCCAUAAUUCUAUGCGCCCCGCCCCCCACUCCUGGCCUAGUAGGCCCAUUUUUCUCUCUCCCCAGGCACCAGAGCCUUUCUAGGAACUUGGGGAGGGCAAAAACGGCCUUAAUUGGGUUCCAAGGACUGACAAAGUUAACCAGAGCUGCCAGCUGUUGAACAAAAACUGAACAUCUCUUGCACCUCUGCUAUCAAAGCAACAGUGGUUUCUAAAACCACUAAAAUGCAUACACUAAUAACUACAUAUAUUCUACUUGGUAGGCUUGUGCUUGGCAUUUGUCUCUUUGCUGCUCUGUAAAACUUUAUUACUGCCACAUUGAUUCAUUAACUCUUUUUAUAGAUUAAUUUAUAGGUUAUGAUUCCAGAUGCAGAAUAUUUAUUGUUUACAUUAUUCACAUCUACAGAGUUAUGGGUUUGAAGAGGUCAGCGACAGUAAAUAGUUAUAUGUUUAUAUGUAAAAAUUUAAUGUAUACCAAAUCAUCAUUUGAUUUCUUUUCCUGUGCCUUUUAUGUUUAAAUUAAAAGACAGAUUUUACCAUUCAUAAUUCCUUACAAAUUUUUUUCUUCAUAUAUUGCAUUUCUAAAGUAGAAGUUCGUUGCUAAAAAAAUUGAGUUCCGUAUUUUCAGUUCUUGUAACACGCUUUAUAAGAUAUUUGUACGCUGCAGAUAUAUAUAUAUGGUUUGAUAUGAUUUCUGUCACUUCAUAAAUGCUACAAUCCUUAAAGAUUUAGAUUUAUCAAGCUGUGAAUAAAUUUUUUACGCACUUCAUAA